CCCGUUUGAACUUGUUAUCUACUCUCGAAACGGUUUAGUGAAGAAACUCAGGCGCAGUCGAUUUUGGCCCUUAUCUGUGAAAUCAUGGUAGAUCAAUUCAGAUACGAUCUACCAAUGGUAGACCCUGUAGAUCUUAUCUUCGCUGCAGGUCUUCCUUGUCCUCCGCCUCCUCUACCACCACUGCCACCUCGUACUGGAGGAAUCCCAUUUUUGACGGCUAUACGUGAAGGGAAACUGGAUGAAGUAAGAAAACAGAUUUUCAUAGUGGUGCUGUUAUAAUAUUCAGCUAGCUUAACCUCUAUUUAAAGGAGCUGUGUCACGAAAUUCAGCCAAAUUAGGUAAUUACAAAAUGCCCGUUAAAAAUAAAACUUUAAAGGAAGGUUAAAAUAACACAACAGAUGCCACGGAUGGGCAAAACUGAAGAGGAUUGAAACGGAUUGAAAUUAGGGUUUUUGAAAACUGUUCAACCUAACAAUUUUUGAAAGUUGAUCUCUGCUGUUUGCAACUUCAAGAAUAAUGCUCAGGAGACAUAUUUGUUUGUCUCUAAUCUCUGCUUGUGUCAUUUACAAGUAAUUUCUUUGCUUACUUUAAGUUCCAUAGCGACUGAGGGCUAUAGUAAUAAACAAAAUCAACUGGACAGCGGUGACACGGCCCCUUUAAUAUUAUUAUUAGGCUUAGCUAAUAAUAUUAUUUAAUUUAGUACUUUGAAUCUUUUUAUUUAUCUAAAAAGGAGGCAGUUUUAUCACUGCCUGUUGAAAAUCAAGGCCAAUGAAUGGUAGAAAAAUAUAUCUAGAGAAAUGACCGUCUUAUAGAGAGUCAAAUAAAGGGAGUAAAGAAAGGCAAGGAUGGACUCCAGGUGUCCAUUUUACAGAGGUGUCUGUCUUUUAGAGGUGUCCAUUAAGAGAGAGUCAGCUUAUAUACGAUUGUCAGGAUGAUUGCGUGUAGUCCUGAAUAGCUGUCAAUGUGAAUUUGACUCUGAAGAUGACUACUGCGCAGGUUGUUGAAACAUGAGUCUCCGUCAUCCACAAAAGUCCUAUUCAGGAUUUAACUCACGCGGAUGAUCAUAAUAUUAUGUUCCACUUACUUAUGAAAUGACCCCUGGGUUCAAAUGUUUCACAGAAACUCAUUACCAGGGUGCAAAGAAAGUCAGUUUCACAGCCUGCCAUUUGGGCAAGCUGUAGCUAGCAUGUACUAGCCCACAAGUCAUUUCAACUAGCCCCAAAACUCGUUUUGAUUAGCAGGAUUAAUUACAGUCCUUCAAAAUUUGAAUUUCCCCAGAAAACAGCACUUACCGAUCAGGCAAGUUAAGAACAAAAAUCACAAGCCCAAUAGCAAAAUCCACUAUCAGACACAACUUUAAUUUCUUUGCACGCUAAUUACACAUAAUUUUAGUCAGUAGAUAAAUGUUGAAUAAGCCUAAACAGGAGAUAAGUUACAAAAUAUACUGUCUACAUCCCUGAUUUAACACUCAAAGGGACACAGCCAAUGGUCUGUAUAAAAGAUCAGGGUUUGAAGGAACUCCCAUCUUAGGCAACAUUACCCGCUCUCUAGAUCCUUGCUCUAAGUUAUGCUACUUUGGGUUAUAAUCUCAUCUACUCAAACUGAUUUCUUUCUAUGGUUUUGCAGCACUUAAUUAAAAUUCUGAAUAUGUUUGAACAUUUGCUUAGGCAAAAAGGAUUUUUGACGUUGAGAAGGUGGAUCCAAAUGUUGCAGAAGAGCGAGGAGAAACUGGUUUGCACCAUGCCGCAAGGGCUGGUUUCUUGGAAUUGGUAAAGUUUCUUUUGGAGAUUGGAGCUGAUGUUAAUCGGAAAGGUAUAUAUGAUCAAACCAAGGGGUGGAACAUUCCUUACUGCCUUGAAUAACGAGCAUUAUGGAUAAAUAUAUUUAUUACACUGUUAUUAAUCCUUAAUCUUCAAUGGUGGUAAAGGUAAAAUAAAGCCUGUGUUCCAGCUAGCAGCCAAGGGGUCCAUUUGUGCAGCUAGCUAAUAUCCCAGCUGUUUCCAUAGAAUGAAGGUACUAGGAACAUUUCUACUUCCUGGAUGGGAUGCUAACUAUGUCCAUCUCAGAUUAACUGUACCCUCAGUGUGAUCAAAAAAGUGCUCAAACUAGAACCUUUUGCUCUGAAUCCCUUGCAAUUACCAUAUGUUAGGCUACUGCACUUCCAAACCUUUAACCCUUUAAGCCCCAAUAUCCACAUCCAAAUUCUCCAAACUUAUCUCUAUAUAUUUCCUUAAAGAAUGUGUUGAGAAUUUGAUAAAAGAUCAAAGCAUUUUCUCUUAGGUGAUUAUUUUAUUAAUUCUCUCAAAUGAGUUGGUUUUGUAGGAAAAUUUGAAAGAAAAUAUAGGCAUAAAUGCUUAUUCAAGUUUAUGUUUGAUUUAAACAGUAAUGGCCAAAGAUUCAGUUUUUACACUAGUUUUUUUUUUAUCAUUAUAGUCUUUUUGAAUGUUUUUUUUAUUAUAUUGUGCAGCUGUACACGAACAAGGGGCAAUCCAUCUAGCUGCAUCAGGAGGCCAUCUUGAUGUGGUGGAAGAGCUUAUUAGGGCUGGCUCUACUUUAGAUGAUGUGGACAGAUUUAAUCGGUCACCACUCAUGUGGGCAGUAGCUUGUGGAUAUGUUGAAAUUGUGAAACUGUUGCUGCGGGCAGGAGCGUCUGUGGCAACUCAAAGAAAGAGGCAUGCCCUUCAUGAAGCCUGUAAGAGAGGAUUUCAUGAGCUGGCUCAACUGUUAAUAGAUGCAGGAGCACCAGUAAAUAACCCACAACAUUGUAAGUUAUUACUUUGCAUAAUUAUUUUAUUGUAAGUCAAGCCAUUAUUGUGUUAGCUAGCCUGAGACUGGUCCUGAGAAAACAGCUGACAUAUCAUGAUACCACCAGUGGUUUCCCCACGAAAUGAUGUCUGAGAAACAAGUGCAGAAAUUCCAUACUGAUGAUGCAUCAUCUGCCCCGAUCUAGGUCAACAAGUGCUUCUGAUUGGUUGAAGCAAAUUAAUUUUUAGCCAAUCAGCACUACUCAGAUCUGGGUAGUGAUGCAUUAUCACUAAGUAUUGAAUGGAAUGUCUGUGCUGGUUUCUCACAUGUCACUUUAUAGGGAAACCAGUGGUGGCAUGCUGUUUACUCAGGCUAUGAUUGUGUGAAGUAAAGUUCUUAGAAUACCAUUUCGAUACUGAACAUCAAGAUACUGACGGGGAGAACAGAGGGAAGAUGAAUGAUCUCUCCAGUGCUGGGCGUUACAAAUUUUGUGGGACAUUUUUAUUUUCUUAAUUAACAGGUUGUAUUUUUGAGGCCCUGGAUAAGCUGGAAUGUGGACAAUUGCAUCAAUAUUACUGUAAAUAGACAAAUUAUAGUGCCCCUUUCAUUAAUGCCCAUCCUCCUUAACGUUAAAAAUGUUAAAAUUAAGAAGAUCACCCCUUCUUACUAAAUACAUUGUAGUCAAUAUGUCAAGAGGUGAUCUCCUUAUAGCAAGGACCUUUAUCUUCAAUAAAUGUGGCAUAAAAACUACACAAAGAAUGAUCCAUGAGGACAUCACACUAGGGAUUUAGCAUUCUUUAAGCCUGCCUCCUCUGCAGAGGCUUAAAGGGGCAUGGUGCAAGUGAGCACGGGCACUGGUUUUUGCGCCUGCUCUCACUUUGCGCAGCUGAAAUCCAAUAACAUGUCAUUUAGCCUCUGUAGAGGCUGAGGAGAGAGCUUUAAGUCAAACUAAGGGCGGUUUCCAUUUGUCAGAACUGACCGGCAAUAUGGGGGACUACUCGUAGUCCCCCAUUUAUCCUCAGGGAAAGUAGAGCGAGCGAAACGCGAGGGCGUGUGAAAAUCACCCCACGCGAGAAAAGGCGACAUGCGGCGGGGAGAGAGAAAAAUCUCUCUCUCCCCGCCGCGUGUCGCCUUUUCUCGCGUGGGGUGAUUUUCACGCGCGCUCGCGUUUUGCUAGCUCUACUAUCCCUGAGGAAAAAUGGGGGACUACUCGUAGUCUAGACCGGCAAGGACGUUCCCUUCAUAAUGAGAAUGUUACUUUUAAUGAAAGCUAUCCAGCCAGAUCAGUCAAAUGCUAAAUAGUAUGCACGAAGGAAAUCGUUUUUCAUCAAAAACUCUUGGAAAAAGCCUACUUCAUUUUCAAAAUGAGCGGUGCAGCCAUUGUCCGGCCGGCCAGUUAUGACUUUUGGAAAGUUGUUUAACUCAUCUCGACAGCCAGAAGAGUGAUUCAAAUUUUAUUGUUUGUCUUUAUUUUUGUUAACUAGUUUCUGGCUAUGAACCAUGGUCACCUCUCCAUAUUGCUGUUCGUCAGGGAUAUCUUGAUUGCGUCAAGUUAUUAAUCAGGGCGGGGGCUGAUGUAAACAGUGUUAAUGCGGGCAAACACACCCCGUUACAUGAAGCUGCAUACGAAGGACGUGAUGAUAUAAUGUCAGAACUUCUUCUUCGAGGGGCAGACCCACAUGCAGUCAGUCAUCAGCAGAGAACACCUUUACAUGAAGCUUGUGUGCGAGGUAUUUCUAUUACACUCUCUACUAUUUUCAAGUUUAGGCUUGAAAAAAGUCAGAUCUAAAAAAGUCAUAUCACCUUUAUAGAAAGUUUCCCCUUCCUUCUUUCCUUCUCCCUUUGGAGGCUUUGUUGUUGUUCCUAAUAAACACGGGCUCACCGCUUUCUUUUGCCUUUGGUUUAAGUCUCUACCGGCGACUUCCCCAAGCUUUGAUUUUAACGCAAACUUUUAUAUUUGAUUGUAUUCCAGCACGUGCCGGCGGAAUCGGCUCAUAGUGCUGAUAAGAUAAAGUUCCUAGAACAAAAUAUUUGCCUACACCGUUCCAUUAAGUUACACGAUGCUGGCCGGAGGUUUCAGCUAGUAGUGCCAUGGCCAUAUUAAGUUUGUUUCUUUUGGACCUAUACCUGAACUUGUCCGACCCGGCUCGCGUAAAUCUAGUAGUGCUGGGGAGAUAAGUAAGGCCUUAUGGUCACGCUAUGGAAGUCGUCCACCACGCCGAUCACGGAGCGGUGUUCCCCCCAUUAAGCCAUACGUUUGUUGUCUUGUUUUAUUACACUUUAUUGCAAAGCCUAGCUAAAGGAACUGCGACAUUAAUGAAGCUUGUAUGCAAGGUACAUGUACUGGUACUCUAAUCUUAUGACACAAUCCUCAAUUAUUUUACAUGUUAUAAUAAAAAAAGUGAUAUCACACACACAGAGUCCCAUUAUAAUAAGUAAAACAAUAAUUGUUUUACUGAUUAGUCCUUAUUAACCUUUUGCUUUCACAAUUCUUCACCUAUUUGUUUCCAUCUCUGUCAUAGUAACAAUACCAAAAAUUAUUCUUGAUCUACAAGCGAUGAUUUCAUUAAAAAAUAAAAGAUUUGAAAGAAAACAAGCAAGACCAUUAUACGUUGUUGGGAAACUACCCACCUACCCCUCCCCUAAGCCAACAUUAACACCUACUUCAAACAUAAAGAAAAAUGUAAGCUUAGGGGAGGGGUAGGUGGGCAGUUUCCCUGAAACUUAUAAUGAUCAGGCUCAAGAUUAGGUAUUGUAGUACUGUCAUGGUAUUAAUCUGUUGGUCAUCUUACUGUAGGUAAAGUAAGGAGUGCAAUUAUGCUGUUGGAUGUUAACAGCAAGGUCAAUGCCAAAGAUUUUGGGAGAGACACGCCUCUUCAUCUUAUACUAAGAGGUCUUUGUCUUCAUGACAUCAAGGUUCAGUUGACAUCUGUUCUUCUCCAGUAUGGUGCAUCACCAACAGUUCUUGGAGGAGAAGAUGACACGCCGCUGGACAUAGCUCGACAAACAGGCAGGGAAUCCUGUUUGGAAUUACUACAAGCUGCUUUAGGUGAGAAUUAUACAACCCAAUGCAAGUUUAAGAUGAAUCUAAACUGCGUUGAAGCAAAACUGCCGGGGGUUGCCUGAAUUUGAAGCAUAAUUAUUUUUGAGAAGCAAAACAUUUACAUUUGAGCAAAAAUAGUGCUCUCACGACUGUCUUUAGUAAUUUUGAUUUCCAGGCAAAUAUCAUCACUUUUUUUCCCUUAUUGUUCUAAAAAAAUUCUUGUUCUUUUGUGUGCCAACUAAUAUAGUUGAUUUUCCUUUUUUUUUCAGGAAUGCCACAACCACUUACUCAAAUGUGUAGGGUUGUUCUGAGAAAACAGUUAGCUUGUCAUUGGGACUAUAUAGCUGAACUUCCAUUGCCAAUAACAUUGAAGAGUUUUCUACAAUUUGAAAAUGGAUUUUAAUUGAUCAUUGUUAAAAUAGACAAGUUUAAUACCAUCUAUGCUCUCCAAGCAAAGUGCUGAAUUUAAUAUUUUGCUUUGUCUUUGCCUUGUUGAUUGGCCUUUUAUGCAAAAUUUAUUAUUACAAUAAUUUCAUUGCAUAAAACAAAAUUAAUGGCAUUAUGUAAAUACCGGUAUGUCUAGUAAAUUGUUUUUCAUAAAAGAAAAAAGGAAGGGUUGCAGGCAAUUUGUGAAUAUAUUUAUUUUAUUGUUUUUAUUUUCUUCAUGUUAUUAAGUAAACAUGUCGGAAGUCAUUUUCAGUAAAUAAAUGAAAGAAAUUUGUGAAUAAUGAGGUGGAUUUUUGCUACCCAAUAGGUGUACUGUGUCAUGGAAAGAAACUAGAUCUACAUGUCACAUGACAUUUUUACAGUUUGAUUUGAUUUGAUUUUUACAGUUUGAUUUUCCUUUAUAAUAUUAAUAUCAGUGGCAUAGGUUGGUUGGUUGGAGGCUCCUUCAUGAGUGAGACAUUUCUUACUAUUAAUGUGACUGUGUGAUACAGUUAAGCCUUAAUGUGUUGCUUGUGAUGGACUGUGUGACUGCGAGAUGCGGUUCGCAAGUCCAACCCACAAAAAUGACCCUUGCUCGCCAAUGAGUCCUUAGUAGCUCAGAGGUUAGAGCAUCUGACCUAGAACGUGGAGGGUCAUGGGUUCGAAUCCCAUAUGGCGCUCAGAUUGUUUUCUGUGUCCUCUUAUGGUUGAUUCUUUACAUCUCCCUUAAUUUUUUUUCCUUUAUAAUAUUAAUAUCAGUGGCAUAGAUUUGAAUCUUGUCAGGUUAUAUAUAUUUACUUUGUUCACUCUAAGAUUAAUAUUGUCCUUUCCUUGUGUGGAACUCUAUCCAUUAUAAUGUGAACAUCAAAAAUUCAAAUUAACUGGUAAUUUAUACCUUUAAGUGGCUCUCUCUAUUUUACUGUACAGUUUUAAAUAAUUAGCGUAAAAAGUACCUUAUUUGUACUUAAUUUCGCGGGUCUUAAAUUUGACAUUUUUUGCGAUUUUAAAAAAUUCGCGAAAUUAAAGAGCCACGAAUUUAAAUCCCCGCAAAAUUUAAACACGUGAAAUUUAUCACCCAUAUAGAAAAUUCAAAACACGGAAAACUUUAUCAACUUCUAAUAGCAACAAGAUAUACAGGAUAUGUAUCGACAUAUAAACAAGUUGUUUACUGGUACAAUAUUCCACGUUGUAUCUUUAGUUGUGAAAUAAGGUUAAUUUGCAAAGAUUUCACACAUUACUUGCUCCAGUUUAUCAAGAAAUUUUAAUAAGUUCAGACUUUUUGAAAGAUGAAAUGAAGUUGGGAACUUACUUAAAUCGCGAAAUUUAAUGCCCUUUUUUUCAUAUUUGCCUGUUGAAAUCACGAAAAUAAAACCUUGCGAAAUUAAGUACCAGUUAGGUAGCUUUUAAACUUUCAUGAAAAAUAUUUAUUGUUAAUAAUGUAAUUUUUUUUGUGUGAAGUACAAUCUAACAAAAUAAUAUUGUUGAUGUAUAUUUAAAUAAGUGAGAUUCUUUGGAAUAAAAGUAUGUUUUCAUGAAAAAUCAAUUUGGAUUGACAUUGUGGAAGAGUUAGAGCAAUUUUAUCUCAGGUAUCACUGUUGAUUAUUGACCAGGAGUUAAUUUAUUACUGAGAGUAAUUGCGGACAGUUAAGAAGACUCAUAUCAAAGACAGUGAACUCCUAGACUACGAGUAGUCCCCAUUUUCCCUCAGGGAUAGGAGAGCGAGCCAACCUCGUCCCCAGGGCUUUUCCCUUGAAAAAUGGGUUGGGCGCCCCACCCAUUUUUUAAGGGAAAAGCCCUGGGGACGAGGUUGAGAGCGAGCGAAACGCGAGCGCGCUUGAAAAUCACCUCACGCGAGAAAGGCGAAACGCGGCGGUGAGAGGGAAUGUUCAAGCUCCUGACCAAUGGCAGGAGCCCAUCAAAUUUGAUGGGCUCCUGUCAAUGGUGAUAACCAAGUCGGCUAAUAAGUGAUCGGGUGACAUGGGUACUGGAAAAAAAGGGAUUGUAAGCAGUCAUGCUUUCCUUCGUAUUAACUCAGGCACACCGCCCCCCCAGCCCCCUCCGCGCGCUGCAAUGCGGACAUCCGCGCUCUCUCGAAAUUAGAUUUCAACCCCUUACCCCCGGCCCUGAAGACAAUUCUAGGCGUGGCUCAAACUUAUUGGCCCCUAAAUUAUAAAGGAAACCUCACUGAAACGGACAACAAAAUACCAAACCUAUAAUCAACACCCAGUUUAGUGAGGGUACGCGACAAGCAUCUCGCCGUCUGCACACUUAUCGUAGUACGUAUCCCAUAUGCCUUUAGAAAACAGUGGCCUUUUCAGGGGAUACUUCCUGGUAGUAGGCUAAUGGAUAUGUGCCGCUGAUUGGGGUCGCAUUUUCACGACUGUAGUGACUAUUAUGGGGUUGCGUUUUUAUAAGAGUUACUGGAAUGGGGUAGCACAUUUUCAGGAUUUUGGGAGUCAGAAAAAUCAGAUCUGUAGGGAAUUUAAAACAGAAAGAUUUACACCAUUUUAUACCUGCCAACUCUCACGCCUUAGGCGUGAGUCUCACGCUUGCGGGUUGAAAACUUCGAUCUCACGCCGGCUCACGCCUGCGGGCCAAUUUCUCACGCCUGAUUGAAAAAUGUGAGUUGUUGCCGUCUUGCUUGACACAAUUUCCAAAAAUAUGUUAACUCAGACUCAUGUCAGGAAAGAAAACCAUGUGUAAAUGAAUAAAUAACAAUACCUUCCUCGCGAUCUCUGAUUUUGUGGAUAAGCGUUUUCUCGAUAACUUCGCCUUCGGCAGACUUCGGACGUCUUCGGACUUCUUCGGAAGACUUCGGACUUCUUCGGGAAUCUUCGGAAAUGAUCGUGUCGUCUGCAAAAAUCCCAGAACUCCCAGGAUAAAAAUCUCACGCUUAUAUCUCAGAAAAAGUUGGCAGGUAUACCAUUUUAGCAGAUGUGUCAGUUCAUUUCAGGGUGACCAAGUUAACAGAAAGCGACUACAAAAAUUGCUUUUUUUCCCAAAGUGACUGAGAUUGGGUCUAUAAUAUGGCCACAGCAUAAACUAUGGGGUAGGGGUUCUGAGAGGCCAGCGGCACAUACCCAGCAAAAAUUAACCCAAGUAACCCCCUCCGGGAGUCUGUUACCCCAGAUCACGCAAGUGGCUGUUACUUUCGCUUGGCUUGUUUGAUUUUCGCUACGUCCCUGAUAUCUGAGAGCCUGGUGGCACAGACUAAGAAUGAUGGUUGCUUGGUUUUGUUCUCCCCACAUCCCCCUUCAAUCCCCAGUCGAUCGCGUUAGGUUGGGGACUGGAACGGAGUAAAUCGAUUUACGUAAAUCACUCGGAAAUCAAGUCAGAUUUAUUUUAGGAAUUUUCCUCGAAAGUGCUGUUAGAAUUUAUUACAGAUACCAUAAGAGUGAGUGGGCAUUAUUUUUCUUAUGCGGACAAGUGCAUGCUGACCCCCGUUUGAACUUGAUAUCAACUGUGGAAACGGUUUAGUGAAGAAACGAAAGUCGAUUUUGGCCCUUAUCUGUGAAAUCAUGGUAGAUCAAUUGGUAGAUCGUAUCUUCGCUGCAGCUCAUCCUCCUCCUCCGCCUCCUCUACCACCACUGCCACCUCCUCGUACUGGAGGAAUCGCAUUUUUGACGGCUAUACGUGAAGGGAAACUGGGUGAAGUAAGAAAACAGAUUUUCAUAGUGGUGCUGUUAUAAUAUUCAGCUAGCUACAGCUAACUUCUAUUUAAAGGAGCUGUGUCACGAAAUUCAGCCAAAUUAGGUAAUUACAAAAUGCCCGUUAAAAAUAAAACAUUAAAGGAAGGGUAAAUUAACACAAGAGACACAACAGAUGCCGCGGAUGGGCAAAACUGAAGAAGAUUGAAACGGAUUGAAAUUAGGGUUUUUGAAAACUUUUCAACCUAACAAUUUUUCAAAGUUGAACUCUGCUGUUUGCAACUUCAAAAAUAAUGCUCAGGAGACAUAUUUUCAGGAGACAUAUUUGUUUGUCUCGAAUCUCUGCUUGUGUCAUUUACGAGUAAUUUCUUUGCUUACUUUAAGUUCCAUAGCGAUUGAGGGCUAUAGUGACUGGCAAAAUUAAACAAAAUCAACUGGACAGUCGUGACACAGCCCCUUUAAUAUUAUUAUUAGGCUUAGCUAUUGAUAUUAUUUAUUCUAGUACUUUGAAUCUUUUUAUUUAUCUAAAAAGGAGGCAGUUUUAUCGCUGCCUGUUGAAAAUUAAGACCAAGGGAUAGUAGAAAAAUAUAUCUUUGCAAACAGGAGAGACUACUGUCAACUCUUUGACACCUUUGAGGCUGGCACGAAAUGUCCCUCUUAGAGAAAUGACCGUCUUAUAGAGAGUCAAAUAAAGGGAGUAAAGAAAGGCAAGGACGGACUCCAGGUGUCCAUUUUACAGAGGUGUCUGUGUUAUAGAGAUGUCUGUUAAGAGAGAGUCGCCUUAUAUAUGAUUGUCAGGGUGAUCGCAUGUAGUCCUGAAUAAAUGUCAAAGUGAAUUUGACUCUGAAGAUGACUACUGCACAGGUUGUUGAAACAUCAGUCUCUGUCAUCCACAAAAGUCCUAUUCAGGACUUAACUCACUCGGAUGAUCAUAUGUUUCACCUACUUAUGAAAUGACCCCUGGGUUCAAAUGUUUCACAGAAACUUAUUACCAGGGUGCAAAGAAAGUCAGUUUCACAGUCAGCGCCGUAGCUAGUAUGAGGCCAACCGAGGCACUCGCCUCGGUAAAAUUUUGACGAAUUUCGCCGAUCAUUUUUAUUUUACAUAAGCGAUCAUCGGAUAUUUUUAACGCAUCAUGAUAUUACAAAGAAUUCAGCAAUUCAGUCAAUAUACUAUGAAAAAAUUACCAUAUCAUCGAUCUCAAGGGGCUACGUACGUUAACUCAAAUUUUUUUUGAACAAAUACUGAUCAAAACCAUUGGCGAGGUUAACGGUCACCCAGAUUAUGUAGCUUGUUUCUGAUUAUUGCUUUUUAAAUUCCACUUAAAUUAAUUCAAAAAAAAGUUACCAAAAAGGCCCAGAAAACGCUGCAAAUCGCAUUUCCGAGAGACUAAAGUUCAAAAUUACUCGGGGGGGCAUGCCCCUGAACCCCCCUAGCAACUCCCGCCUGCCUCGGUUGGUCGUUUGGUCUGGCUACGGCACUGACAGCCUGCCAUUUGGGCAAGCUGUAGCUAGCAUGUACUAGCCCACAAGUCAUUUCAACUAGUCCCAAAACCCUUUUUGAUUAGCAGGAUUGAUUACAAUCCUUCAAAAUUUGAAUUUCCCCAGAAAACAGCACUUGCCCAUCGGGCAAGUUAAGAACAAAAAUCACAAGCCCAAUAACAAAAUCCACUAUCCACUAUCGGACACAACUUUCUUUGCACGCUGAUUACACAUAAUGUAAGUCAGUAGAUAAAUGGUGAAUAAGCCUAAACAGGAGACAAGUUACAAAAUAUACUGUCUACAUCCCUGAUUUAACACUCAAAGGGACACAGCCAAUUCCAGGGGCCCCACUCACAUAUUUUAUAUGAGGGGGGGGUCCAAAGGAUUUUUUUGGGUCUGACAUUUUGGCCAAAAGGGAUUUUUUUGGGUCUAUGAAAGACGCCAGGAUUUUUUUGGGUCGCGAAAACAACAGAAUAUACUUUAAGCGCAAUUUAUAGUUUUGUUUUUGACCAAAAGCAAAGUUGAAGUUGGCAUGUUUUAGCUUUCCAGAAGUUAAAUAAUAAAAUUUGCUGAUGCAAAAACACUGAGGGAUUUUUUUGGGAAGACAAAUUCUGAAGUUGGGAUUUUUUGGGGUAUAAAAUAUGAACCUCUGUCGGACCCCCCGUCAUUAAAAUGUGUGAGUGGGGCCCCUGGGCAGCCAAUGGUGUGUAUAAAAGAUCAGGGUUUGAAGGAACUCCCAUCUUAGGCAACUUUACCCCCUCUCUAGAUCCUUGCUCUGAGUUAUGCUACUUUGGGUUAUAAUCUGAUCUACUCAGACUGAUUUCUUUCUGACGUUUUGUAGCACUUAAUUAAAAUUUUGAAUAUGUUUGAACAUUUACUUAGGCAACAAGGAUUUAUGACGAUGAGAAGGUGGAUCCAAAUGUUGCAGAACAUCAAGGAGAAACUGGUUUGCACCUUGCCGCAAGGGCUGGUUCCUUGGAAUUGGUAAAGUUUCUUUUGGAGAUUGGAGCUGAUGUUAAUCGGAAAGGUAUAUAUGAUCAAACCAAGGGGUAGAACAUUCCUUACUGCCUUGAAUAACGAGCAUUAUGGAUAAAUUUAUUCGUUACGCUGUUAUUAAUCCUUAAUCUUCAAUGGUAGUAAAGGUAAAAUAAAGCCUGUGUUCCAGCUAGCAGCCUAGGGGUCCAUUUGUGUGGCUAGCUAAUAUCCCAGCUGUUCCCAUAGAAGGAAGGUACUAAGAACAUUUCUACUUCCUGGAUGGGAUGCUAACUAUGUCCAUCUCAGAUAAACUGUACCCUCAGCGUGAUCCCAAGAAGUGCUCAAACUAGAGCCUUUUGCUCUGAAUCCCUUGCAAUUACCAUAUGUUAGGCUACUGCACUUCCAAACCUUUAACCCUUUGAGCCCCAAUAUCCACAUCCAAAUUCUCCAAACUUAUCUCUAUAUAUUUCCUUAAAGAAUGUGCUGAGAAUUUGAUAAAAGAUCAUAGCAUUUUCUCUUAGGUGAUCAUUUUAUUAAUUCUCAUAACCUAAUCUCUUGGCAUUGUAUGGAUAUUGCUAGGAGAAAAUUGAUGUUGGUCACUAUUGAGACUUAAACGGUUAAUGGGUGAUCAGCAUCUAAGUUUCUUAAGACAAACAGUGCUUUUUAUUGAAAUAAGACGGUUUGAAGAAUAAAAGUAGUGUGAUCAAGUUAGGAAGGCAUUGAUUGGAAUCAUAUUCUCCUUAAAUAUGUGUACCAUGGAAAUGACUGGAGAAGGUGUUGAUAAUAAGCAUACUGAUCUCUCAAAUGAGUUGAUUUUAUAGGAAAAUGUGAAAGAAAAUAUAGGCAUAAAUGCUUAUUCAAGUUUAUGUUUGAUUUAAACAGUAAUGGCCAAAAAUUCAGUUUUUAGACUAGUUUUUUUUAAUCAUUAGUCUUUUUGAACAUUUUUUUUAUUAUAUUGUGCAGAAGGACGCCAAAAAGGCGCAAUCCAUCUAGCUGCAUCAGGAGGCCAUCUUGAUGUGGUGGAAGAGCUUAUUAGGGCUGGCUCUACUUUAGAUGAUGUGGACAAAGUUGGUCGGUCACCACUCAUGUGGGCAGUAGCUUGUGGAUAUGUUGAAAUUGUGAAACUGUUGCUGCAGGCAGGAGCAUCUGUGGCAACUCAAGGAAAGAGGCAUGCCCUUCAUGAAGCCUGUAAGAGAGGAUUUCAUGAGCUGGCUCAACUGUUAAUAGAUGCAGGAGCACCAGUAAAUAACCCACAGCACUGUAAGUUAUUACUUUGCAUAAUUAUGUUAUUUUAAGUCAAGCCAUUAUUGUGUUAGCCUGAGGCUGGUCCUGAGAAAACAGCUGACAUAUCAUGAUACCACCAGUGGUUUCCCCACAAAAUGACGUCUGAGAAACAAGCGCAGAAAUGCCAUACUGAUGAUGCAUCAUCUACCCUGAUCUAGGUAGUGCUUCUGAUUGGUUGAAGCAAAUUAAUUCUUAGCCAAUCAGCACUACUGAGAUCUGGGUAGUGAUGCAUUAUCACUAAGUAUUGAAUGGAAUGUCUGUGCUGGUUUCUUGCAUGCCAUUUUAUGGGGAAACCAGUGGUGGCAUGCUGUUUACUCAGGCUAUGAUUGUGUGAAGUAACUUAGAAUACCAUUUCGAUACUGAACAUCAAGAAACUGAUGGGGAGAACAGAGGGAAGACGAAUGAUCUCUCCAAUGCUGGGCGUUACAAAUUUUGUGGGACAUUUUUAUUUUCUUAAUUAACAGGUUGUAUUUUUGAGGCCUUGGAUAAGCUGGAAUGUAAUUGGACAAUUGCAUCAAAAUUGCUGUAAAUAGACAAAUUAUAGUGCCCCUUUCAUUAACGCCCAUCCUCCUUAAUGUUGAAAAUGUUAAAAUUAAGAAGAUCACCCCUUCUUACUAAAUAAAUUGUAGUCAAUAUGUCAAGAGCUGAUCUCCUUAUAGCGAGGACCUUUAUCUUCAAUAAAUGUGGCAUAAAAACUACACAAAGAAUGAUCCAUGAGGACAUCACACUAGGCCUGCAGAGGCUUAAAGGGGCAUGGUGCAAGUGAGCGCGGGCACUGGUUUUUGCGCCUGCUCUCACUUUGCGCAGGUGAAAUACAAUAACAUGUCAUUGAGCCUCUGGAGAGGCUGAGGAGAGAGCUUUAAGUCAAACUAAGGGCGGUUUCCAUUUGUCAGAACUGACCGGCCAGGACGUUCCCCUCAUAAUGAGAAUGUUACUUUUAAUGAAAGCUAUCCAGCCAGAUCAGACAAAUGCUUAAUAGUAUGCAUGAAGGAAAUCGUUUUUCAUCAAAAACGCUUGGAAAAAGCCUACUUCAUUUUCAAAAUGAGCGGUGCAUGCAGCCAUUGUCCGGCCGGCCAGUUCUGACUUUUGGAAAGCGCCCUAAGUUGUUUAACUCAUCUCGAAAGCCAGAAGAGUGAUUCAAAUUUUAUUUUUUGUCUUUAUUAUUGUUAACUAGUUUCUGGCUAUGAACCAUGGUCACCUCUCCAUAUUGCUGUUCGUCAGGGAUAUCUUGAUUGCGUCAAGUUAUUAAUCAGGGCGGGGGCUGAUGUAAACAGUGUUAAUGCAGGCAAACACACCCCUUUACAUGAAGCUGCAUACAGAGGAUAUGAUGAUAUAACAUCAGAACUUCUUCUUCGAGGAGCAGACCCACAUGCAGCCAGUAAUCAGAAGAGAACACCUUUACAUGAAGCUUGUAGGCAAGGUAUUUUUGUGACACUCUCUAUUACCGUAUUUAUUUGAAUAAGUGCCCAACCUCGAAUUAGCGCCUACCUUGAAUAAGCGCCCAUCCUAAAGGCAGAAAAAGUUAAUAAGCACCCAGCCUCGAAUAAGUGCCCACUCCAUUCUCCUCCCAAUCAAACUCAAAUAAGCGCUCACCCCCACCCCACACACUUGAGUGAAUAAAUUCUAAUAAGAGACUUCCCGAGGACGAAGUUUUCCUCAGGGUAUUUUACAGAAACCUUGCUUUGUUACUUCUCCGCGUUUUGUUGUUAGCAUUUGUUGUUUUGUUGCAAAAUAAGCAUACUUCACUUGCUGAAAAUGGUGAAAAUUUAAUAAGCGCCCAGCCUCGAAUAAGCGCCCACUCUCAAGGUCCAAAAAUUUCAUAAGCGCCCAGGGUGGUUAAUCAAAUAAAUAUGGUAUUUUCAAGUCUAGGCUUAAAAAAAGUCGUAUCUAAAAAAGUCAUAUCACCUUUAUAUGAAGCUUGUAUGUAAGGUACCGGUACUCUAGUCUUAUGACACAAUCCUCAGUUAUUUUACACAUUAUAAUAAAAAAUGUGAUAUUGCACACACAGACUCUAAUUAUAAUAAGUAAAACAAUAACUGAUUGGUCCUUAUUAACCUUUUGCUUUCACAAUUCUACACCUAUUUGUUUCCAUCUCUGUCAUAGUAACAAUACCAAAAAUUAUUCUUGAUCUGCGAGCGAUGAUUUCAUUAAAAAAUAAUAGAUUUGAAAGAAAACAAGCGAGGCCAUUGUACAUUUUUAGGAAACUACACACCUACCCCUCCCCUAAGCCAACAUUAAUGCCUUCUUCAAACUUAGGGAAAAAAUGUUGGCUUAGGGGAGGGGUAGGUGAGCAGUUUCCCAGAAACUUAUAAUGAUCUGGCUCAAGAUUAGGUAUUGUAGUACUAUCAUAGUAUUAAUCUGCUGGUCAUAUUACUGUAGGUAAAGCAAGGAGUGCAAUUAUGCUGUUGGAUGUGAACAGCAAGGUCAAUGCCAGAGAUUUAGUGAGAGACACGCCUCUUCAUCUUGCACUCAGAGCUUAUCGUCAUGACAUCACGGUUCAGUUGACAUCUGUUCUUCUCCAGUAUGGCGCAUCACCAACACUUCUUGGAGGAGAAGAUGACACUCCACUGGACAUAGCUCGACAAACAGGCAGGGAAUCCUGUUUGGAAUUACUACAAGCUGCUUUAGGUGAGAAUUAUUAUACAACCCAAUGCAAGGUUAAGAUGAAUCUAAACUGCCUUGAAGCAAAACUGCCGGGUGUUGCUUGAAUUUGAAGCAUGAUUAUUUUUGAGAAGCAAAGCAUUUAUGUUUGAGCCAAAAUAGUGCUCUGUCUUUAGUAAUUUGGAUUUCCAGGAAAAUGUCAUCACUUUUUCCCUUAUUGUUCAAAAAAAAUUCUUCUUUUGUGUGCCAACUAAUAAGAGUUGAUUUUCCUUUUUGUUUUUUCAGAAAUACCACAACCACUUACUCAUAUGUGUAGAGUUCUUCUGAGAAAACAGUUAGCUUGUCAUUGGGACUAUAUAGCUGAACUGCCAUUGCCAAUAACAUUGAAGAGUUUUCUACGAUUUGAAAAUGGAUUUUAAUUGAUCAUUGUUAAAAUAGACAAGUUUAAUACGAUCUGUGCUCUCCAAGCAAAGUGCUGAAUUUGAUAUUCUACUUUGUCUCUGCCUUGUUGAUUGGCCUUUUAUGCAAAAUGUAUUAUUAUGGCUUUUUUGAAAAAGGUCUAUUACAAUAAUUUCAUUGCAUAAAACUAAAUUAACGCAGCUAUUAUGUAAAUAUGUCUCGUAAUUUAUUUUUCAUAGAAGAAAAAAGGAAGGGUUGCAGGCAAUUUGUCAAUAUAUUUAUUUUAUUGUUUUUAUUUUCUUCAUGUUAUUAAGUAAACAUGUUGCAAGCCAUUUUCAGUAAGUAAAUGAAAGAAAUUUGUGAAUAAUGAGGUGGAUUUUUGCUACCCAAUAGGUGUACUGUGUCAUGGAAAGAAACUAGAUCCACAUGUCACAUGACAUUUUUACAGUUUGAUUUGAUUUGAUUUUUACAGUUUGAUUUUCCUUUAUAAUAUUAAUAUCAGUGGCAUAGGUUGGUUGGUUGGAGGCUCCUUCAUGAGUGAGACAUUUCUUACUAUUGAUGUGACUGUGUGAUACAGUUAAGCCUUAAUGUGUUGCUUGUGAUGGACUGUGUGACUGCGAGAUGCGGUUUCAUAAGUCCAAACCACAAAAAUGACCCUUGCUCGCCAAUGAGUCCUUAGAUCUAGAACACGGAGGGUCGUGGGUUUGAAUCCCAUAUGGCGCUCAGAUUAUUUUCUGUGUCCUCCUAUGGUUGAUUCUUUACAUCUCCCUUAAUUUUUUUUCCUUUAUAAUAUUAAUAUCAGUGGCAUAGAUUUGAAUCUUGUCAGGUUAUAUUUACUUUGUUCACUCUAAGAUUAGUAUUGUCCUUUCCUUGUGUUGAACUCUAUCCAUUAUCAUGUGACCAUCAAAAAUUCAAAUAAUUUAACUGAUAAUUUAUACCUUUAAGUGGCUCUCUCUGUUUUACUAUACAGUUUUAAAUAAUCAGCGUAAAAAGUACCUUAUUCGUACUUAAUUUUGCAGGUCUUAAAUUUCACAUUUUUCGCGUUUUUAAAAAAUUCGCAAAAUUAAAUUGACGCGAAUUUAAAUCUCCGCAAAAUUUAAGCACGUGAAAUUUAUUACCCAUAUAGAAAAUUCAAAACACGGAAAACUUUAUCAACAUCUAAUAGCAACAAGAUAUACAGGAUAUGUAUCGACAAAUCAACAAGUUGUUUAAUGGUACAUUCCAUGUUGUAUCUUUAGUUGUGAAAUAAGGUUAAUUUGCAAAGAUUUCACACACUACUUGCUCCAGUUUAUCAACAAAUUUUAAUAAGUUCAGACUUUUUGAAAGAUGAAAUGAAGUUGAGAACUUACUUAAAUCACGAAAUUUAAUGCCCCUUUUUCAUGUUUGCCUGUUAAAAUCAUGAAAAUAAAACCUUGCGAAAUUAAGUACCAAUUAGGUAGUUUUUAAACUUUCAUGAAAAAUAUUUAUUGUUAUUUAUAAUGUAAUUAUUUACUUUGUUCACUCUAAGAUUAAUAUUGUCCUUUCCUUGUGUGGAACUCUAUCCAUUAUCGUGUGAACAUCAAAAAUUCUAAUUAACUGAUAAUUUUAACCUUUAAUAAUUUAUACCUUUAAGUGGCUCUCUAACAAAUAUUGUUGAUGUAUAUUUAAAUAAGUGAGAUUCUUUGGAAUAAAAGUGUGUUUUUAUGAAAAAUCAAUUUGCAUUGACCUUGUGGAAGAAUUAGAGCAAUUUUAUCUCGGGUAUCACUGUUAAUUAUUGACCAGGAGUUAAGUUAUUACUGAGAGUAAUUAUUUCUUUUCAAGAAAAGAGGAGCAAAAAAGGCUUGACCUGGCAAAUAGCCUACAUAGGUAGCGAUUUUUUAGGAGUGUUUUUCUGUUGUGGUUCGUAUUCAGCCGCUCGAAAACUGUCAUCAAGUGUACCCGGAACGUCGUAUUUUCAGAAAGAGUAUUAGUUUGCUCAAUCAGUGUCCUGCUAGUUCCGAGUCCCAUGGAUCUCCUCUUCUUAGAAGAUCACUCGUUGCCCUAGUUCCUAAGUGGCCCUCUAUCCUAUGCGGUAAGAUAAAUACCAUGACCGAUUUCCUAAAGGAGGGGCCGAGGAAGCAAGCUCCUAGGGGAGCCGGAAACUGGAAAAAGAAAACAUUUGUCCUGACCAUUUUCCAAAUUUCAACUUGAAAAGUUCUUUUACUAUUAUUAUUAUUAUUAUUAUGAAAAAUAUGUUUAUUAUGAAAAAGCGGACCGAUUCCCGUAGUGGUGGAAACCGGUGUGGAUCAGCGCCUGCGAGUUUUGCUCUCUCUGUUUCUGUUUCUUUUUUUUUCUCGUUUGUUUCCUCUCUCAGUUUCAUAGUUGAUCCUUGUAUUUCGUUCUGGAUUUUGAGCGGCUCCAAACCACCAUACUCAUUAAAGUAUCCGUAGAAACAUUCAUGCCAUGCCACGUGUUAACCACGUGUUAACUCCCCACCAGGACCAACCAGGAGCCACCCCGGACGGACUGGAACAGAGUAACCGGAUAUAUUCCAUAAAGUGAAAUAAACGCCUUGCUACUGCAUCAAUAUUUUGGUUUGGAAGUCAGAUCUAUUUUUGCAAUUUCUUCAGGUACACUAACCAGUAACAACUGAAUGAGCAGGCAAAAGUUGACCUAAUAUGGACAAAUACUGAGCCCAUUUUUAACUUGAAGUAAACUCUGGAUAUGGUUUUGUGACGGACAGACGCUUUGCAAUCAUGGAGGGAGAGGACGAUGUAGCCGAUCAAUUCCUCACACCUCCUCGACGGCCACCUCUUAGAGUUACGCUGGCUAAUCCCAGAGAAAGUGGGAUAAUCGAGUUUUUCACGGCCAUACGUGAAGGAAAUAUUGAUGAAGUAAGAGAAAAAUGCACAGUGAGGAGUUAAAUUCAAAAACAAUUUAAUGCUAAUAUAUAGAUUUAGUCACUGCUAAAAGCGAAGCUCUCUUUAAUAUUUAUAGUUUCCUCAAAGAAAAUAUAAAAUCGAGUAAUACUAUAGGCAAGGUGAAAACAACGAGAACGGUAAAAAACAACAACAACAGAUCUAAUUAGCAAAAAAAACAACUUUGCACGUGCAGCACACUUUUUUUCUAAUUAGCAAGAAAAACUUUGCACGUGCAGCACACUUUUAUUUCUACUGAGCAAAAAAACAACUUUGCACAUGCAGCACACUCUCACGGCCGCUAUAAUUGGUCUUCGUUAUUAUUUAUUUCUUGCUCUAGCUCUUUCCCUGUUGUCCAAGUUAAUGUAGAUGUUGUGGUUCGACUUUAUCCUUGGUUCAAAUUUUCUUUUCUUUUGUUUUUGGGUAUGGUAAUGUAUGAUAAUAACAUGAUGAUGAGUUUGAAACAAAAGAAAAGAAAAUUUGAACCAAGGAUAAAAUUGAACCACAACAUAGACAUUGAGAUCACGCAAUUGCCUACAGACUGCAUUAGCAGUUAUCUGAUCUUUGAAGGGAAGAACUAUUCUGAUUAUGUUGCCAUAAUCAGUUUUCAUUUGCUGUAAAACUAAGUCACAAUGUUGUGAAUGGUGUGCACAUAAAUACCAGGCUAACUUACGAGCAGUCUGACCCCUCUUUUUUCCUAGCCUGUCAAGGGAAACACGCAAGAGACAAAAAUGAUUUUGUGAGUGACUGAAGGCGUGAGGUGGGAGAGGCAGAAAAAAGAGAAAAUACUAGCAAAGCCGGUUUUGUUUUUCUUAGCCUGCUGCCAUUGCUUCUCACAUUUCACGGCUUCUAGUGCACACAUGCACUCCCCUCACUCAAUCUCAAGAAAAAGAGAGACUACUCGCAGUCCAAUACCAGGCUGAAGCCAGUAACAGUUUGGUUCUGUAAUGGAAUAUUUCAUGGGUAAAUGAUCCUUUUUCACACUGUACCCUGCCUCUCUUUUGAAAGUUCAGGCUGUAACAUUAAUUCAGCUGGUAGAAGAGUGGUGCUCGCUCACCUUCUAAAUAUUUUUUAAUUUAUAUGUUGUGUAAUAGGCCAAGAUGAUUUAUGAUGCUAAGAAACUGGAUCCUGAUGUUGUGACAACAGUAUCAAUAGGUGAAACUGGUUUGCACCUUGCAGCGAGGGCUGGUUACUUGGAAUUUGUAAAGUUUCUUUUGGAGGCUGGAGCUAAUGUUAAUAAAAAAGGUACAUAAAAAUCGAAUGUCUUUUUAAAAUUCAAGUCUCACAUUUGUCCCCACAAAACAGUUCUCUGACAUGCAUUUCUUAAAACAAAGUUUAAGGAUUGUUUAUUGUGAAAAGUACACUAAGUCUUUAUAGUAACCCAGCUUGUUUCCACUCAGAUGAUCAGAAAAAAAUAAUUCAAAUACAAAAUAACAGGAUUAAAAUACCCCAACUGGCAGGAGGCAACUAGUGUCCAUUUUUAGAAUUAUAAGUGUGGCCAAGGAUAAAUUGAAACUUGGGAUGGCCAAAAACAACUGCACAGCCCUAGGAUUUCAAAGAAGUGAUCGUUUCUAGUACCAUGUAAUUACUGUGGUCUUAGAAUAACGGAACUGAAGAAUACCUUCCCGAGUGACAUUUUCAGGCUUAGGGGUCAAUUUACAGAAAUUCGCUAUUUUCCCACUCAGAUUCUUAACUACUAAGAGCAAUUCUUUAGUUAUGUCUCGGCUUAUACAUGACUGUAUAAAAAACUAAAACGUUGCUUAGCAUCUAUCAGUUUUCUUUGUCUGCCACCUUGAAUUGUUCCCAAAGUGCAUUGCAUGUUACGGUGUUAUGGCUUCAAGUGCCAAGAAAAAAUUAAAUAUGUGACUUUGAAAAAUUGAAAACAUUUAGGAGGUGGUUUCCAUUGUUUUCUCUUUGCUUACAAAUAACUAUAAUUCAAUUAUCUGGCACAGAUAAAAAGGGAAAAGCUGCAAUUCAUCUAGCUGCUUCAGGAGGCCAUGUUGACGUGGUUGAAGUGCUUGUUAAGGCCAGUUGUACUCUAGAUGAUGUGGACAAAUUUGGUCGGUCACCACUAAUGUGGGCAACAGCUUGUGGACAUGCUGAAGUUGUGAAGCUGUUACUUAAGGCAGGGGCAUCAGUUACAACUCAAGGAAACUGGCAUGCCCUUCAUGAAGCCUGUAAGAAAGGAUUGAUUGAGCUGGCUCAACUGUUAAUAGACGCUGGAGCACCAGUAAAUAACCCAAGGCAAUGUGAGUCAAUGCUUUUCAGCGGCACCCAACAAGCAUAUAGUUCAAAAUCAAUUUAAAAACAUAGUAUUGUUAAACGUAUUUAGUAUUUAAACGGUAGAUAUAGGCAUAUUUUAAUUAUCCCAUAAAACUUUUUCAUCUGCUCGGAUUUCCUAGCUGAAAGUCUAGUGACCCGAAAAUUAUGGGGAUCAAAACUGACCUUUUCGAAAAUUUCAGCCAGAAAAAAGGCUCCCGAAAAUUGCAGGUGGCCUUUUUAGGGUAAAAAUCCGUUAGAAAUGGCCAAUUAUACCGCUUUUUAGAUGUUAAAAAAUCCUAGGAGAGGCUGGCAAGCAAGAAAUUUGACAACAAAUGUUCCGAAAAUUCUAGAUCUCAAAUUGUGUUCCAAACAGAUAUUUUCCUAGGGCCCACCCCCGCCUCCCCCCUUAUCUCAGGGUCUGGAUGACCAGGCCUCCCCUUAUCUGAAGGCCUGGAACCACCACUGGUAGCACAUCCACUAUAAUAUUGGUUCUUUAAAUCUUCCUGAUUCUUGGUUGAAAAGGAAUUGGAAAUGUUGGUUUUUGAGGAGAGGGGUAAACCCGCGUACCCGCAGAAAAACCUCUCAUUGGAGCAGAGGGAACAAACAUCAAAGUAAAUUAAACCACAUAUAGCCAUUACUGCUGGGAUGAUGCCAGGAUUGGUGGGAUACGGAGGCGAGUGUUCUCAAUCAUCUACUUCUUAGUUUAUGUCGUGUUUUUGUUUAUUUAUCGUCGAUGAUUAGAUUCUGGCUGCACACCCUGGUCACCUCUUCAUAUUGCUGUUCGUCAGGGUCACCUUGAUUGUGUCAAGUUAUUAAUCAGGGCGGGAGCUGAUGUAAACAGUGUUAAUGCAGGCAAACACACGCCUUUACAUGAAGCUGCAUACAGAGGAUAUGAUGAUAUAAUGUUGGAGCUUCUUCGUCAAGGUGCAGACCCACAUGCGGCAAGUAAUCAGAAGAGAACACCUUUACAUGAAGCUUGUAUGCAAGGUAUUUUUAUGACACUCCUUAUUAAUUUUCAUGUCUAGGCUGAAAAAUGUAUGCAGAGUACAAAGCAGACCUAGGCAAGCAGAUUUUUUUAGCCCUCUACAUUCCAAUAAAGUUAUAAAUGAUGUAGAAAGGAAUAAUAAAAUGUUAAAAUAGCUCCUAAAAGGUCUCAUUAGAAUCCUCUCAAAAAUUCUAGAUUUGGUAACUGAAUUGGACACUACAAUAUUAUACUUAGAAAGGUUCCAAAAGUAGUGCUUUUUUUAGUUUGAAGAUGUGAUCACUUUGAGGAGUGGACUUUUUACAGGAGGGGAUCACACAUAGGGUGCGGUCCUAUUAUUAUUUCUCAUGGAAGUCCGAGAAAAUAAGUGUCAAAUUUCACCAGAAUUGUGAAAACACAAGUAAAAUUCUGAAAAUUUCAUGUAUAAGGUGUCAUUUUGUGAAAUUUGACGCUUAUUUUCUGAGGCUGUCAUAAGAAAUUUUCUUUGGUGUUUAAUUAUCGGUAGAUAACUAACUUAUUACAUCUAUAACCCCAUGCGAUAUUGUUUAAAUUAUUCUGGUACUAGGUUUUUCUGUCCACUGAAAAUUAUAAUUAAUUAAUUUCCUGAUGGAUUCCGUAUUAAUCCUUUUCCAAGGUGGAUUUUGUCAUUUCCUCUGAUGUUCUAUGAUCUAAGUGAUAUUGGAUCACCAAUCCUGAUAUGGAUUGUCCCAAUGAAAUACACCCGUAGAGUUUCGAUUGUAAAUUCGUUAUAUAUCAUCCUUAGCUUCAAUCAAAUCAUGAGUUUUAGCUGCUGUAAAUUUGUAGCAAUGAAUGAUCCACAAUUAAAUAGCAUUCAGCACUCAUGUGAUCUACUUUGUGCAUCUUCAUUUUUAUGUAGGUAAAGUAAAGAGUGCAGUUAUGCUGUUGGAUCUCAACAGCAAGGUCAAUGCCAGAGAUUUAGUGAGAGACACGCCUCUUCAUUUGACGCUGAGAGCUGAUCAUGCCUAUGACAUUGCGGUUCAGUUAACAUCUGUUCUUCUCCAGUAUGGGGCAUCAACAACACUUCUUGGACGAGAAGAUGACAUGCCAUUGGACAUAGCUCGCCAAACAGGCCAGGGAUACUGUUUGGAAUUACUACAAGCUGCUUUAGGUGAGAAGUAAGGCUAGGUUAUGUCCAUUGAAACGAAAGAAAUUAGCCUCAUCACUUUGAUUUGGUUAAUUGGAAGCAAAAUGUUACUUGCUAAUUUGAGAUAGCUAGCGUCCUAUUUCUUGAAUCCUUACUAAGUAUCUGUAUCUGCUGAUAAUUCAAUAUUGUGUGCCAGUGUCUCAUUGAGACCCUGAUUUUACCAAAUUGUCAGCGUCUCAAGAAACCUGGGUUUUCUGGCAAAAAUUGCUGACAGUGUUUUAUACACAUCUUUACUCUGGCUCUAACUUGUGUUGAUAACCUUAAUUUUUUUUGUUUCAGAAAUGCCACAGCCACUUACACAAAUGUGUAAGGUUCGUCUUAGGAAACAGUUAGCUUGUCAUUGGGACUAUAUACCUGAACUGCCAUUACCACUAACAUUAAAGAGGUUUCUUCAAAGUGGAUUUUAAAAUGAUUGUUUACAGUAAACAUGUUUAAGAUGCUUCCCCAAGAAAGUGCUAGAUUGAUUCUGCUGUCUUCGUGAUAGUGACUGCUCAAUAUGUAUAAUUGAGGCAAAAAUUAUUUAGUCAACACCAGCACUUAUUGGUAUUAAAAUUUAUACAUGUUAAAUAUAAUAAUUUAUUCUUAAAUAUUAUUAUAAUAGUUAGUUAUUUUGUUAUAGAAAAGCAAAGGGUUGCUUUGUCCAUUUUUAUGUUCCUUGCAAGUAAUUUUAUAAAGUGAAGGAAUAUAAAGGAAGUGAAAUUAUUGAUGGAAAGACAUGGAAGUUUUUAGAAGCCUUCUGAAAUUCAUCCUCAAAGUAAAAGAACUUUAUCUGCAUGCUACACAAACUUUUCAUGUUGAGAUUUGUAUGUUCGCUCUAGUACUGGAUGAUGUUCCGUCAAAAAGUUCUCGUAAGCGACUCCCUUGGAAAUGCAAAAAGGUGGUUGUAACUAGAACUGGUCACUUAAAUAUGAGAAUGAGCCCUAAUGACUUUGAACUUUCACAAUAAUACUGCUCUGAACAAGAUCUUUAUCAAUGAACCAUUAGCUUAGUGUGCAGUUUCAUUAAAGUGUUGAUAAAUAUGAAUAAGACUCUAAGUGGUUGCUUAUGAGAGCUUAUAAACAAAGGAAAACUCCAGUUGGGUAAUCACAAAAGAGGUUGUGGUCACUUGCGGGAGCAGUCACUCAUGAGAGCUUUUCUCAGUGACUUUAAAAAAUCACUGUUCAGUCCAGCACUAAGUGUCCUUCUUAAAGAGAUGCCUUGCCUAGUCCCUAUAGGCCUCAUUAUUUUGCGUGGCCGAUGCGUUUCGCGUCAUGAGGUCCAGCCGUUUGUCUCGGAUAUGUCACUAAAGUGCAUUGACCGAGAAGGCCUGGAAAGACACCGUACAGGGACUAGGCAAAGAGAUGCCCAUCUUACAGAGAGUCAAAUCUGGGGAGAAAAGAAAGACAGGGACCAUUCAAGGUGUCCUUUUUUCCGAGGUGUCUGUCUUAUAGAGCAGGGUUUUCACUAAUAAUUCUAGUGGCAGGAAAAAAAGAGAACAUGAUCACAGAAGAAUAUUUUGAAAGAGGCUCCACAUCUGAAUAAAAAUAGUCAUAGGCUUCCCAAUGUUAGCUGGAGAAUUCAG